AAAGUUAGCUUUCAUCAUAAAUUUCAUUAAAUAUUUGUUACAAAACGUUAAAUUUAUAUACGAUUAUUACUGUUAAAACUUAAAUCUAAGUAAAUAAAAUAAAUUUACACGUAUAUUAACUGUUGACGUAAACUAGUUAAUAAACUUAGGCGACAACUGUACAUUUACACAUUACUUAUACAUUUAAGUUAAUCUUGCAUUGUAUAACAUUUCAGUUGACAACACACGCCUCUCAAAAUGACCGAAGAAAAGGAUUUGAUCAAAAAACGUGGCAGUUAUAAGGGUCGGCUAACUAACUUCUCAAACUACAUGAAUUCUUUGGAAAGUACUUCACUUACCUCUGUGGCCGCCAAUGAGUUGCAGUUAAGAGUCAGUAGAAUGGAAUCAUUAUUUAAUGAUCUCUCAGCGCUCACACCUGGACAUUUCCUUGUCGGACGUUCACUCACGUCAUUGCCGGUGCACGACCUGCGAGAUCACGCAUAUCAGCAUCUUUCACGAUUCCACCGAAUUGAACAGCUUCGUCAACAUUUCUGGGCUCGGUGGACAAAGGAGUAUAUCCCAGAACUGCAGCAUCGAAUCAAAUGGAGACUCAACCAAGAUUCCCUGCAGAAUAACACCCUCGUUGUCUUGAAGGAAGACAACCUGCCUCCGUUGAAAUGGCGACUUGGACGCAUUAUAGCCACUCACCCUGGUAAAGAUGGCAUAUCUCGAGUGGCUGAUGUGAAGACAUCUGGAGGAGUCGUUCGACGGGCUUUCAGCAAGAUAUGUCCGCUUCCUGUGGCUACCGAAUCUGCUUGAAAGGCUUCCUUUCAACCCCGGGGGCAUGUUAAAAUUUUAACUCAUUUAAGUCCUCGUCCAUGUCACCGAUACGCAAGAUUGCUGCGACUCUGGCGCAGGCGCUUUUUUAAUUUUAAGUCAAGUCAUGUACGUGUCACUUUUAGACAUUAUACGUUGGUU